AUGUAUGUGAAAUGGUUUGAUACAGUAAUGGAAUACUAUGUGAUUUUAGUGAUUUUAGUGAAUGUCACUUUUUGUCAUUUUUGAAUUUCCUGCCGUUCCGUCCCCCGUACGUCCCGACGCUCACAGGGGACGGAACCCAGAUGACAGAUGCUGGCAUCCGCCGGAUUACAUUGUCGGGGACACUGCAGGAGGGACAUCGUGGGAGCGCAGGACAAGGUAAGUGAUACAGGGAUCGUGGAGCAGCACCGCAUGGUAUUCCCGAGUGUAGCUCGGGGUUACUGCUUGUGCUACACUCGGGAAUACCGCCAGGGAGGUUAAGGUAA